CCCGGCUAGUGUUCGCUUUUGCGCGGACCUGGCGCUGGCGCCGAGUCGUGGGAUGGGAGAUGGACUUCUCCUGCAGCAACUUGACGCGGGAGGGCCAGCUGUGGCACAAGGCCUGGGUGGUCCUCACGCCCUACGCCUGGCAGUCCGGGGGGGUCGCCUUCCUGCUGCGGCAGCUCCGCUCAGAGGAGGCCCUGCAGCCCCUCCGCCGCUUCGUGGCGCUGCAAAGCCGGCGCUGGCGCCGGGGUGGUGUGCGGCGCGGCUGCGCGGUGGCGGCGCUGUGUCUGGCGGUGCUGCAACUGUUGCUGGAGGGAAAGGCCGGCGGCCCGGCCAGCAGCGUGCGGCAGGCCGUGGAGCGGCCAGCUUUCGCUCUGAGCGAGGCCCUGCGCAGCGGGUGGCCCCUCUUCUACCUUUACCUGGCCGCCUUUGUGGACCUCGACGACAUCCAGGCAGAGGCGCAAAAAGACAACUUGCCUUUGGACUUGGAUGAGAUGAAUGAAGACUUGGAUUCCUGCGGCCAUUCAGAUUGCAGGACUCCCGCACGUUUCUACAGACUGCACCGGCUGCAGUCCUCCUUGUUUUCAGACUGCCCGGCUUCCAGCCGGGCCAUGAAGCUUUUGGGCAGCAUGGCGACCUUCGUGUGCGUGCCGCUGCAACCAAAUCUCAUGUACACGUUCUUGACCCGAUUCGGGGUCUUCCAGGACGACUGCGAGGUGAUCGCCCGGCUCAGUCCCAGCCAGCAGCCCGUGGUGGAUGUGGGCGCCAACAUUGGCACCUGCAGCACCCUGCUGGCCUCGCAGCGCCACGACGUCUUGGCCAUCGAGCCCUCGGCUCGCGUUGUGCCCGUCCUGCGCGCGUCGGUGGCUUUGCAUCAGCGGCUGCAGCGGCCAGCCGGGAACAUCACGGUGCUGCAGGCGGCGCUUGGGGCGGUGGACGGCGUGGGAUGUUGGGUGGCGCAUGCCGAGGACGAUACGCAAACUGUGGUGCUAGAGGAGAAUGGCUCGGAGGAUUGUGCGGCGGUCCCGCUCUGGAAGCUCGACUCACUCCUCCGGGAUUUCACCUGGUCCACCCCACACAGCCAGCUUGGCCUGCUGAAGAUUGACGUUGAGGGCCGAGAGUUGGCUGUGUUGGAAGGUGCACGCAACGUGUUGGCCGAAAGGCUUUUUGCUGUGGUGGUGUUUGAGUGCUGCGCAAAAACCGCUCCAGAAACCAUCGACCAAAUGAUAAGCUUCUUUGACGAGCUUGGCUACGAUCUGUUUGUUUGGCAAGACACAAAGACUGCGCUGCGCGCCGUGAGCGGCCAUGCCGACCUGUGCUCGCAUGUCCAUUGCGCUGAGCGAGCUCUUCCAGAGGCUUGCGCCCACCUAGCAUGGCGUUUCGCCUGCAACAACGUGGUCGCCAAAUUGAGAGACUGCGAGAGGUGCAACGACUGAGGGCGACAAGCCCAGGAGCACCUGGCGGUUUGAAGGGGGCUACGGCGACGCAAACUGUCAGCUUGCAGCAUGCGAUGCGCAGUUCGGUCCCAGACCUAGCACAACAUCUCCAGAAUCUGCGCAAGCGUGUGGACAACCCCAAGAAGAACUUGAGACUGGGCAGAUGCUGGCCGCGCCGGGUGUUGGAUUGCCUUUGAACUCGGCACACCAUGACGCUGCUUUGUCAAGCAUGCUGCCGCAGCUAUAGCUCGACUGAGAUGAGCUUUGCAAUUGACCUUAUGGCUGGGCAAUGCUGG